AUGAUCUCUAAUCAACCUCCUUCUUGGAUGACCAUCACCCUCAUUCUUGGUGAAAAAAUGCCAUCUGUGGUGAGCUUUUACGAUGAUGUUCCUGCUCCUGAAUCUCUUCACGUGGAACGUUUCUCAAAUGUGACAUUUAAUCACCUCAGAGAAGUUAAGUCGGAAGGUUUUGUAGGCUCAAAGCCUGAGAUGUUCUUGUUGGGGAGAACAUUGUCAUAUAUGAUGCUUCCUAAGGACAAAAAAAAUUGUAGUAGCACCUUACCUCCUGAUUUACUUAGCAACCUUCCUGAGAAUGUACUUGAUGAUAUUCUUAUUCGUUUGCCCUUUCGAGAUGCUGUGAGGACAAGCAUCUUAUCGAUGAAAUGGAGGCCUGACUGGUCCAGACUUCCGGUGUUAACGCUUGAUAAAACACUUUGGUACACAACAAAUAAAUAUAUACCCCUUGCAAUUAGGUUUACAGACAUUAUCUACCACCUUUUGGCUCUCCAUGUCGGACGAAUUACCAAGUUUAUCCUCUCCAUUGCUAGUAUGGAUAAUUACCUUAAAGUUGACAACCUGAUAUCUUUCCUCUCAAGAAAUGGCAUUCAACAUCUUGUUCUUCAAUUCCCGAAGGAUAACCCAUACAAAUUGCCUUCUUCAUUUUUCACAUGUUCGCAAAUGAGACAUCUGAGUCUCCAUAAUUGUUCAUUUCAGCUUUCGCCUGCUUUCAAAGGAUUUAAUGAGUUAGUUAGACUUGAAUUGUAUUUAGUCACAAUUUCAUCCGAAUUGCUUGGAAGUUUAAUCUCUUGGAGCCCGUUGCUUGAGAAGUUGGCGCUGCAUAUCUCAAGUAUUUUUAACCAUGUUCAAAUUAAUGCUACCAAGUUGAAAUCAUUUGAGUUCACAGGCAAUAUAGAGUUACUUUCCCUAAAGAAAGCACCUCUUCUUCUGAAACUUUCACUUGUGGAUACACAAACUUCUGUGAAGGCUGGACAACCUAAUCUUGCCAAGUAUUUUGAGUCUUUUCCUGUUCUCGAGCAUCUCCACUUAGAUUAUUCUGGUGCCCUGGAUCAGGUGGCGUACGAGCAAAGCUUUCCUCUCCUCUUAAUUUUCUUAAAUGUCUUUGCCGAUCUAUCAUUUGUCUGGAUGAGUUACGUGAGCUCUCAUGUGCUCUUUGCUUGA